AUGGACACGUUAAAUAAAUUGAAGCAGUUUGACGCCUAUCCCAAAACUCUGGAGGAUUUCCGAGUGAAGACAUGGGGAGGAGCGACCGUGACCAUCAUCAGCGGCGUCAUCAUGUUAAUCCUGUUUGUCUCCGAGCUGCAGUACUAUCUCACUAAAGAGGUUCACCCUGAGCUGUACGUGGACACGUCGAGGGGAGACAAACUUCAAAUAAACAUCGAUGUCAUCUUCCCCCACAUGCCCUGCGCCUAUCUGAGUAUCGAUGCGAUGGACGUGGCGGGUGAGCAGCAGCUGGACGUUGAACACAAUCUGUUCAAGCAGCGGCUGGACAAAGACUUCAAACCCGUCACAGACGAGGCAGAGAAACACGAGCUGGGUAAGGCUGACGAUGGUGAAGUGUUUGACCCCAGCACUCUGGAUCCAAACAGAUGUGAGAGCUGCUACGGAGCCGAGACCGAAGACUUAAAAUGCUGUAACACUUGCGAUGACGUGCGAGAGGCGUACCGGCGGCGAGGCUGGGCGUUUAAGAACGCCGACACCAUCGAGCAGUGUAAGAGGGAGGGCUUCUCGCAGAAGAUGCAGGAGCAGAAGAACGAAGGCUGCCAGGUUUACGGUGUCCUGGAGGUCAACAAGGUCGCUGGAAAUUUCCACUUUGCUCCAGGAAAGAGUUUCCAGCAGUCUCAUGUUCACGUGCACGCUGUGGAAAUUCACGACCUGCAGAGCUUCGGUUUAGACAACAUAAACAUGACUCACCUGAUAAAACACCUGUCGUUUGGGAGAGACUACCCGGGCAUCGUUAACCCUCUGGACGGGACCGACGUCACAGCGCAACAAGCAUCAAUGAUGUACCAGUAUUUUGUGAAGAUUGUUCCGACCAUCUACAUGAAAACCGACGGAGAGGUGGUAAAAACAAACCAGUUCUCAGUCACCCGACAUGAGAAAGUGGCCAACGGGUUAAUAGGCGACCAGGGGCUGCCGGGCGUGUUUGUUUUAUACGAGCUGUCACCCAUGAUGGUGAAAUUCACAGAGAAACACAGAUCAUUCACACACUUCCUGACAGGAGUUUGUGCCAUUAUCGGAGGUGUUUUUACAGUGGCCGGUCUAAUCGACUCGCUCAUCUACCACUCGGCUCGGGUCAUCCAGAAGAAGAUAGAGCUGGGAAAGGCGUCCUAACAGCGCCCCCUGCUGGCUCCCAAGGUGCAACACAGACCAAGACACGGACACAGAGACACAAAGACAGAGAGAAGAGGGACAAGGCGGGAAUCAGAGGCAGCAGUUUGUAUAUCUGUCGCUCAAUCUGACAGACAAACGACAAAACUGAAUGAAAACAAAGAAACAGAGAGGUUUUACAUCAGUAAACUUUUUUAAAUGCCUCUUUUGUGUUUUUGCACCCUCAAGGGACUUAUGAUUUUUUUGCUUUCCACUGAGGAAAUCGAUGCCAACAGGUCGGAGUGAAAUUAAGACGUUAAAGACAAACUUUUGGAGAUUAAAUUUGAGCAGAGAAGAAGAUUUUUACAUCGACUCAGACCCGGCCUCGAUGCUUUUCAUGGAAGGACGAUUUUUUUUUCCUCGCUCAUGUUUCUCAUCCCGCAUCAUCGCUGCUCAGUUUGCUUCUGUGAAUGUUUGGUGAGAGGACGGGUGGUCGACCCGUCAGGUGAGGAUGCCCGGGCACAAUGGAGACCGUUUUAAAGGAGUACGUCACUUAAAUUAGACCUUUUGAGAUAUGUAAAAAAAAAAAAAAAAAAAAAAAAAGAAAUCAAUACCGAUAAACUUUGCUGAAUUGAUAAAUAAAUAUUUUUUACAUAAUAUGAAUUGA